CGGGGCAUCUUUCUCCAGCUCUCCCGAGGUUCGGCGGCGUCUCGCUACGCGGUGUAUAAAAGACAGCGGGCCAGGCUGGCCAACAUGGACACGAGUGCAGCGGUGACCAUUCUGGUGGUGCUGAUGGCGCUGGGCGACGUCAGUCAUGGGCUUCACGUUGCAGGUGCGCCGGAGGAUGGUGAAGAUUUGAAGCGGGGCACAUUUCAGGACAACAUGGACAACCACUUGCUGGAGAUGGAGAGUGUCAAAGCAGAUAGCAGCGUGGAAGAUCAUCUGCUGACGGCGCUGCUCAGAGCCCUGCUGCUGGGAUCUCACAGAGAAGCCCGGAACUCUGUGCUCCAUGAACCACAGAGGUUUGGGCGCUCGUCCCGAGGGCCGCUGGUGUUGGAGGAUCACAUCAACUCGCCUGAUUGGGAGGAGGCUCCUGGCCAGAUCUGGAGCAUGGCGGUACCCCAGAGAUUUGGCAAGAAAUAAUGUCCUCAUGCAAAGAGGA